AUGAGCUACGGCGGCGGCGGCGGUGGGAGAGGAGAGUUUUACAAGAACAAGUACGGCGGUGGAGGGAGAGGAGGGGGCGGCGGGCGAGGGCGUGGAGGUGGAGGUGGAGGUGGGGGGCGCGGAGAGUACUAUAAAAACAAGUACGGUGGGGGCGGCAGGGGUGGAGGGGGCGGCAGGGGAGGAGGGGGCGAUGCCUUCUCCGGCGGUGGCGGCGGUAGCGCUGACUUCAUGACCUCGCGGAGCACCAACAGGAGCGGCUCGGCGCAGCAGCUGAUAGACUCCCUGCGGCGCAUGGACAACCGGCCGUACCCGGCCUACAAGGACACGGAAGGGUCCUGGACGUUCAACAGUCAGCAGGGUAUGCCGGACUUCAUGCUCUGCGUGGACAAGAUCCAGGCCGACCCGUUCGCCGCGCCGUCCCGUCUUCAUGUGGUAGUGCCCGGGAAGGUGGCCGGCUUCCCAGCGGAGGCUUUCUCGACCAAGGUCCGAAAGGUGGCGCUCUGUGACUUCCUAACCCGCCGCUUUCUGGAGGCCGCCAGGCAGGACGGCGCGGACCAGAAGGCCGGUGGCGGGGGCUGGGGAGGGGCCAAGGGCGGGGAGAUCACCAUCGACGAGCCGGGGCAGCACAUCGCAGUCCUGGUCACCACCGUGCGGGGCUCCGCCGGAUGCGGACGAGAACGGGUUGGGGGGGAAGGGAGGUCGAUCUGCGGGGGUUGGGCCGUGGAAAUCCUCGGUCAGACGGUGCCUGAGCUCAUCCGGAGGAGUCUCAUCUUCUCCAACCUGGAUGGCGAAGCCCUCAGGCAGCACGUGCUCUCUGCCGAGGACCAGGAAGCGCUCCGUGGGUCCCUUCGGGCUGGCGGCGUGGUGGGCUUCGUGAUCAACGGCGCCAUCCUGCCGAGAGAGAGCGGCAACAGCGACCGACCCAUGGACGCCACCAAGGCGAUUCCGUUCACCAGCCCGCCCUCCCUGGAGAAGACCUUCACGCUGCCAAACAGGGGCACCGUGACGGGCAUGGGCAUACCCCCGGGGGUGACCCUCAUCGUCGGCGGAGGGUUCCACGGCAAGAGCACGAUAGAAGUCGCCCUGCAGGUGGGGUGCUACAACCACAUCCCGGGAGACGGCCGGGAAUUCGUUUCCGUGGAAGCCAGCGCGGUCAAGGCCAUCUCUUAUGGAAGGUCUGCAUUUUGUCUGGAACCCACGCAAUCAGGUGGAAAUUCCCAGGCCAACAGAGAGCAGCUGCGAUUUUUUAGAUCAACCCUGACGGUCGGAAAAGGGAAAACACUGGCUUUGACUCGACAGACCACCAAGACGGACGCUUGA